AUGGCGUGCCUGGCUCUGGCCCUGCAACCUUCCAAUGGAUCGGAUAUCCUCCUCCAGACGCGAGAAUGGUUUCCACCGGCUCGCGCUCUCGUCGCCCUCUCCGCCUUCCGCCAGACGCGUCUCGCAUUCUUUUCAGGGAAACAGUCGCAGUCGUCUUCCUCCGCCGCCGCCGCAGCGCCUCCCUCGGACGACCUUGAUUCCGCCCUAGGUGACGAUCCCCUCGCCGCAUCCAGCGGCCAGGUCGUCGUCGGCGUCGAGAGCAAGUACCGCAUCGUCUACCGUCUCGUGAACGGCAUAUACGUCUUGGGCAUCACGACGGCGGAUCGGGACGAGGAUGGCCGAGCGAACAACAUCUUCGAUUGUAUCAACACGGUCAACCAGGCAGUGAGUAUAGUCGUCGCCGCUUGCCGCGGCGUCGAUGUCACAGCGGAGAAGCUCUACCGCAAAUACCCAGAGGUUUACAUGGCCCUUGAUAUUGUGCUCCGGGGAGUCGGAGCUGUCCGUCUGGCUUACAUCCUCUCGUCCAUCCACGGGGAAGGUGUAGCCAAGAUGGUUCAUUCUGCCGUGGAAACCGAGAAUCGCGUGCGGGGAGCUGACACAUGGGCUGGUGCUCCGGAAGCAAUGGCGGUAGAGCGGCGUGUGACUCUCGAGGGCUUCUCGAACUCCCGUUUUGAGCUACCGCCGGAGACGCUGGCAGCGGGGGACGAGAUAUCGGCGGCCAUCGUUCCGCCAUCAUCGGACGAGCAGCAGAAGGAUCAGCAGAAGACGGAAGAGGAGACUCCAGCGGAGAAGGAUCCUUUUGCAGCGAGCGAGUUAGUCAACAAACCCCCAGAGGAAGCCUUGGUCGGUGGGUUCAAGAAGAGUAAGGAUCCUUCGGGUUCAUCCGAUCCGACUUCAGCCCUUGCUGGAUUGGAGGUUACGACGCUCCCCCCUGCAGCAGCAACGAAGUCGACUUUCAUCGGGGUCGAAGGAUUCGAAGGUGAUUAUGGCGGGAUCGAAUUCAGCAAGGAAGAAUCCUCAUUGUCAUCGACCUUUGAAGGGUUUGACAGCUCCUUCGGUGGCGGUCUCGACGCAUCAGAAUUUUUGACCACCGUGAAGAAGACGUCCAAGGAUCCCGACGCAGCAGUUCUUCAGCUAUUGACUUCUGGCCAGACGAAAACAGGGUCAGCAGAGAACGGAGGCACCAAGGACAUCCCCCUGGAGAACCAGCUGGUGACCAAGAAAGCAGUCAGUGGCCCAGAGAUGUACAUUGCCGAAGAGAUCAGCGCAGAGUUCAGGGAAUCCAUUCUUGUCCGGGUGGGAUUUCAGGGAGUUGUAUACCUCAAAACCCUGCCUCCGAAGCAAGCAGGUGACAAGGAGACUGAAUUCUCUUUCAAGUUUGAAACCACUCCUGGUGUGAAGCGGGUCGCAAUGCAGGCCUCUCACGUCAGCAGCCUGGGGAAUGGCAUGUUUCACGUGCGUACUCCAUCUGCAGAGCAGCCCAUUCCCCUCGUGAAAUUCAGUCUGCAGCCACGGUUCACUCCAAUCCCGCUGAGGGUCCGCCUGGUGAAGCGUCACAGUGGGACUUUGCUUUCAGUCAUGAUCCAGUAUGCCUCUAAUCCGGAAUUAUCCUCGCCGUUGACUGAUGUUACCUUCAUCCUGAAGUUACCUGUUGACCCAACAUUGUUGACGGUGUCCCCGAAGGCGGUUCUGAGUAGGGAGGAGAGAGAGCUGCGGUGGCACAUCCCCGACAUCCCCCUUAACGGGCCCCCAGGCCGCCUGAGAGCCCGCAUGCCUGUUGAUCAGGAUGCUGGAGACGGUUCCGAAGCUGAGGUACUUGGGAUGGUGAAAUUUUCUGCACAGGGACUGAGUACUUUAUCUGGGGUCUCCAUCAAGCCUGUCUCUGAAGGUAGUGACGUCUUCUAUCUGGCAAACAACAGGUAUGCAAGUGGAGAUUAUCUGUGUAAUUGA